UAAAACAUCACUUAAUAAAAGCCUAUCAAUCAUUAUCAUUUUUAAUUUUUGAUCCUUGAAGCUCACGAGCUCUGUGAAUCCAACUGUGUAUUAAACUUUACCUUAGUAAAAUAAAUGUGUGGUAGUAGUAAGAUGAAUAUAAAAAUAAACAGAAAGAGCCCCUUGAGAUCAAAACUCAGCAAAGUUAUAAAGCUACAUCAUUAGAGAGUUAAACCAGCUUUAUUCUAAAGGCUAUUUUUCCAUCUUGAUGAUAUUUAUGUUUGGUUCCCAGAACCUGAUAAAACAUUUCAGCUUGCCCUUAGUGUAAGUUAGUCUUUAAAGACCAAGAUGCUAGAUUAACAUCUCUAAAACCAAUCUAUCCUACAGCAGCUUCUGAUGAUUAUGGCUGAAAGAUUUUGUCACAUGGUCUUUAUAGUGUCUGUUUUGUUAUUGUGUUUAUGUUUGGGUCAGUGUUUAGCUUAUUUUCUCCCUGCGUUUUGUUAACGGAGGGCUGUUCCCACUCUCACACAUACAUCAUUAUGUCUACAUAAGCUAUGAGUCAUCUGAGUGCCAGCCCAUCUCUACGUAGAAACUGAUGAUGGAGCAAGCAAACCUUCUCAGUCCCUUGCUUUGCUCCUCUGCAUCACAAUGUGGCUGUGUGAUUUGGGUCUGUGCUUUGAUCUGAGGGGAUUGUCGCUUUUUAUUUUUGCCAUUCUUCUCGUAGUGUGUUUUCUGAACAAAAAAGAUCCACCUAACUUUCCACCAGGACCUCCAUCUCUUCCUCUUUUAGGAAACAUCUUCAGCAUUGAAUCUAAACAGCCUCACAUUUACCUAACCAAGCUAGCUGGUGUUUAUGGGAAUGUGUUCUGCAUACGUCUGGGAAGACACAAAACAGUGUUUGUGUCUGGAUGGAAGAUGGUGAAGGAAGCCAUAGUGACACAAGCCGACAACUUUGUGGAUCGGCCUUACAGCCCCAUGGUGACCAGGAUAUAUUCAGGGAACUCAGCUGGGCUUUUCUUCAGUAAUGGCAACGUCUGGAGGAGGCAGAGGCGUUUUGCCAUGACCAUGUUACGUACAUUUGGUCUGGCCAAGAGCUCCUUGGAGCAGAGCAUCUGUGAAGAAAGUCAUCAUCUGCAGGAGGCAAUGGAGAAGGAGAAAGGUGAGCCGUUUGACCCUGUGCCACUCCUAAACAAUGCUGUGUCCAACAUCAUCUGCCAGAUAGUGUUUGGGAGACGGUUUGACUACAGUGACCAGAAUUUCCAGAGCAUGCUAGAGAAUCUGACUGAGAUGGCUUAUCUGGAAGGCUCCAUAUGGGCUCUACUUUAUGAUGCGUUCCCAGCACUGAUGAAACACCUGCCGGGGCCUCACAAUGGCAUCUUCAGCAACGCCAACUCUUUGGAGGCUUCGAUCAGGGGAGAGAUAGAGAGGCACAAGUUGGAUCUGGACCCCAGUAACCCACGAGAUUAUAUUGACACCUUCCUAAUGGAAAAGAACAGAAACAGUCAAUUGGGUUUUGACGAUGGCAACCUGGUUCUCUGUUGUCUGGAUCUGUUCUUAGCUGGUAGUGAAACCACGUCAAAGACCCUGCAGUGGGGCCUCAUCUACCUCAUCAAAAACCCUCAUAUCCAGGAAAAAGUCCAGACAGAGAUAGAACGAGUGAUCGGACAGGCCCGGCAACCAACUAUGGCUGACAAACCCAACCUGCCCUACACGGACGCAGUUAUCCAUGAGAUCCAGAGGAUGGGAAACAUUGUUCCUCUCAAUGGACUCAGAAUGGCCGCCAAGGACACAAUGCUGGGUGGUUACUUCAUACCCAAGGGAACCGCUGUGAUGCCCAACCUGACUUCUGUGCUAUUUGACAAGAAUGAAUGGGAAACUCCUGACACAUUUAACCCUGAACACUUCCUAGAUGCUGAAGGAAAGUUUGUGAGGAGGGAUGCAUUUUUACCUUUCUCUGCAGGAAAGCGCGCUUGUCUGGGUGAAGGCCUGGCGAGAAUGGAGCUGUUCCUGUUUUUCGUCAGUUUGUUUCAGAAAUUUCAUUUUUCCACUCUGGAUGGAGUAGAGCUGAGUACAGAAGGAAUCACUGGAGCUACACGCACACCGUACCCAUUUAAGAUCUAUGCCAAAGCCCGUUGAACCUUGCGAUUGUACGUAUAAAAAUAGACAAACACAUUGCUGCAACUGCGGCUAGUUUUUCUGUCAAUACCAGUUUUCAAGCAGUGCAGUAGAGACAGCGUUCAACAAUAUGUCCCGUUGAUGAUGGUGGCACAAGGAAAUGUUUUAUA